AUGGGAUCUUGCCGUGAAUGCUCGGGUAGACACAACACUCUAUGUCACCUGCCAUUGAACAUGAAAGAGAAGCCUACCAAGGAGAGUGUUGAGACCCCAUCGAUGUCCAAUGCCAACAAUGAGAAUAACGAUCAGGUAGCAAUACAUUUGUCGGCGAAUGCGCUAGCGAAACAUCACGUGAUUAUAGCAACAGCGAGAGUUUACGCGAUACUGCCUAACGGUUCGAAUGUACCAUGUCGUAUACUUUUGGACAGCGUAAGUGAAGCGCAUCUUGUCACUAGCUCAGCGUGUAAUAAGAUCGGAGUUAGACGAAAUCAAUCUUCGGAAAUCAUUACGGGUGUAAAUGAACUCACGAAUCAAAUACAUCAAAACACUAAACUCGGUUGGGUCCUUGCCGGACCAAUCAUGUUAAAGACGAACUCCAAAACUUCUGACAUGCUCGUAACAACCACAUCGCUUCAUUGUUCCACUCAACAGGGUGAGUCACUCAAUCGAAAUCUCGAACGAUUUUGGGAAAUCGAAAAUUGUAAUACCUAUGUACGUCCGAUUAUGUCCAAAACGGAACAAAAAUGUGAAGAAAUUUUCGAGCUAACGACCGUGCGUGAUAAUAAUGGUCGAUUCGUCGUGCGUUUACCCAUUCGUGAAGAUGCUGAACCGUUGGGCGAAUCUCGCGGAAUCGCAGAAAAUAGAUUAAGGCAAUUGGAACGUCGUUUUAAGAGUAACCCAUCAUUGCGAGAGGAAUACAAUAAGUUUAUGCGCGAAUAUGAGACAUUAGGUCACAUGUCACAAGUAAGGGACGAUGAAGAUAGACCCAAUUCACAGACUGUAUAUUUACCACACCAUUGCGUUGUAAAGGAAUCUAGUUCUACUACACAAUAUCGCGCUGUUUUUGACGCAUCUAGUAAGACUACGUCAGGACGAUCUCUUAACGACAUAUUGAUGAUCGAUCCUACAAUCCAAAAUAGUUUAAUAGAAAUAAUGAUUCGGUUUCGUAUGCACAAGAUUGCGUUAACUGGAGAUAUAAAAAAGAUGUAUCGUCAAGUAAUUAUUGAUCCGCAAGAUCGCGACUAUCAACGAAUUUUAUGGCGAUAUUCAUUAGAUGAACCGAUUCGUGAAUAUCGUUUGAACACAGUCACUUACGGAGAAGCUAGUUCAUCGUACUUAGCUAUUAAGUGCAUAUGUAAACUCGCAGAAAUAGGCGAACACGCGUAUCCAAAUGCUUCACGCGUACUACGAGACGAAACCUAUGUAGAUGAUAUCAUGACAGGCGCCGAAGAUGUAAAGGGUGCAAUUGAGUUGCGUGCACAGAUUUCAGAAUUAUUAAGCACCGGAGGUUUCGAAGCUCACAAAUGGCAUUCGAAUUCUCCGGAGGUUGUAUCCUUAACGCCACAAAAUGAGAAAAUGUCUUUUAUUCUCAGUAUUGAUGACAAAACUGCUAUCAAGGCUCUCGGAUUAGAAUGGAAUCCGGAUGAGAACAAUUUUAAAUUCACUGUGCAUAAACUCGCAUCCUCUAUAACGAAACGACAAGUACUUUCUGCAAUAAAAUUAUUAAGCACCGGAGGUUUCGAAGCUCACAAAUGGCAUUCGAAUUCUCCGGAGGUUGUAUCCUUAACGCCACAAAAUGAGAAAAUGUCUUUUAUUCUCAGUAUUGAUGACAAAACUGCUAUCAAGGCUCUCGGAUUAGAAUGGAAUCCGGAUGAGGACAAUUUUAAAUUUACUGUGCCUCCAAUAAAGACAACAACGUUACCUCGAUUAGAGUUAUGUAGUGCCGUCCUAUUAACACGAUUAGUAACCGUAGUUCUUCGAGCCCUCAAAAUACCGAUUAAGAACGUAAGAAUGUGGUCUGACUCCAUGGUCGUGUUAUAUUGGAUACGCGGCGAUGUGUCACGAUGGAAAUCUUUUGUCGCAAAUAGGGUAACCGAGAUCAACGAAACUAUACCAGCAGUAACCUGGGGUCAUGUAAGUGGCAAGGAAAAUCCAGCAGAUGUGCUAUCUAGGGGCACUAGUCCUCGGCUACUUGAGGAGCUACAAUCAUGGUGGGUGGGACCGCCUUGGUUGCUCGAUAAAGGAGUAUUAACGGAAAAUCAACGAGAGUUCGACUUAUCGCCAGAUGCUUGCAAACUGAUAUUCAUUGAAGAGCGUAAGAAGGGACAAACUUGCCACGUUGCUACUGGAGGUCAACAACUCAUUGCAAAUUUACUUAAUACUUUCUCGUCAGUAACGAAGAUUGAGCGAGUAAUCGCUUAUUAUCGACGAUUCAUAUUAAAUGCAAAAAGGAAGCCACAGGAUCACAUCUUGAGUUCUUUGUCAAUGCAGGAGCUGUGUGAGGCACGUCGUGUUCUUAUCCGUUAUGUACAAGCGAAUCACUUUGCAAGGGAAUUUUCGGAUUUGAAGAGCAAUCGUAAUAGCAAAUCUUCAAGCAAGAUUGCAUCCUUGAUGCCCUUUCUCGACAAUCAAGACAUCAUCAGAGUAGGCGGUCGUCUGCAGCAAAAAGUUGAUUUUGCAGGACCGAUCAUCACGCUGGUUAACAAGGGUCGUGGACGGAAAACAAAUAAAUCUUACAUCACUUUAUUCGUUUGUUUUGCGACCAAGGCGAUUCAUUUGGAAGUCACGAGUGAGUUGUCAACCGCUGCCUUUAUGGCGACUCUACGUCGAUUCGUGAGCAGAAGAGGAUGUCCGCAUACUAUAUGGAGCGAUAAUGGUACAAACUUCGUUGGUGCCAACAGAGAAUUGACAGAAAUUCAGCAGUUCAUAAGAUCUCAAGUCGUAGAUGAGGCAGGAGACAUGCUUACUAACGAAGGGAUCAAUUGGCGAUUUCUUCCUCCAAACUCUCCCCACAUGGGAAGCUGGAAUAAAAUCAUGCAAAUAUCAUCGCAAACGAGUAAUGGGAAACGUAAUGUUCACCUUUGA